AUGUCGGAGGGAAUUGGCGCAGAGAUUGUGGGCCCACGCACUAGGCUCCCAGUACCCAUGGAAACUGGAAAAUGCCACCGGCCCAGCGGGACACUUCAUCGUAAUCCAUAUUUGAACUUCCUACGUGAAUUCCUUCUGCGCAAUACUGGGCUAGCGGCGGUAGAGAUCAUACGUCGCGGUGACGGUGAGUGGAGAAGUAUGUUCAAGCAUGACAAAUUGCAGUUUAUAAAAGAGGCUUUUUACGCACCAACGAAAAGGAAGGCACCACCACCACCACCCCCAGCCAACGCAGAUGCGCGUGACGCCAUUCCAGGAUAGUUGCAUGGUAUGCCCAAACGAAUCCCUGUGCCAAAAAAAGUAUAUAUACAUAUUAGAAUCAUUAGUGGUUAU